GACCCACCCAUCUUCAUUAGUCCCCCUGAUACAAGCCCAGCCCAGGAUAAAAUGCAAGGGAAGAGUGAGCCACCCCACCAAAGAGCAGACAGCAGGGCAAAGAGAAAGAACUUGGACACCCAGCUACAGCUUUACAGCCUCUUUCGGUCACACAGACGUGCUCUCACUGCUUGUUCUCUCUCUCUCUCUCUCUCUCUCUCUCUCUGUCUCUCCUGCUCCACUCUCACUCCCUCUCUUUGACACACACACAUAGACACACAAUUUGCUCAACUCAUUCACAGACACGGGUCAGGCGGCCUCACGUUUCACCUUGCUCUGCCUCUGGCUGAAAGGAGAGGGAGCCUCUGCAAGGUGCAGCCAUCCCACAGUGGUUUCACAGCCGGGUAAAGUUAAGUCAAGAGACCUGAGCACUCCAGGGAAACUUGAGAAGAGCUAGAACCUUCUUUGGAGAUGGAAUUACAAAGAGCUACAUCACCUCUGCAGUGAAGGACCAGGACAACCAGGCACACAGACUCAAGAUCUCUGUACGUCAAAUUCUGACUCACGUCAAUUUGUUUUGCUAUGCUCUUUCCGAAUGGUUCCUGGUGAAAGCAGCUGCUGCUCACAGGGACUGUACGCAGUGGGGUGGCGAAUGGGGAGCAACAUCAUGCCAGCUGUUUGUGCAAGGUGCACCUUGGGAGUGUGACCCACCAUGUGCAAAUGGUCGGCGGCCGUUGCUGCUCACUGCGCCGACCUCACCUCUAUCGGCCCAGCCCAUAUCAGGCUACCUCUUCUGCCCGGUGCUCUCCCUGUACGCUUUGCAUGCCUCUCCUUGCUCUUCUUUCUGGCCAGUGCAGCACUUGCAGGAUGCCCGGCCGGACUGGGUCAUGACCCACUGCACGUGCUGGCACGGAGCACAAACUGCUCAUGGACUCUUGAACGCCACACACGCAGUUACAACCACCUGGAGGGCGACGUGCGGCUACGGCGCCUGUAUUCCGCUAACAAGUUCUUCCUCUGCAUCGACAAGACAGGCAAGGUGGAUGGCACACGGCGCAAAAACUAUCCUGACAGUCUGAUGGAAAUCCGAUCUGUUAGUGUGGGAGUUGUCGCCAUCAAAUCUGUCAGCACCGGCCUGUACUUAGCUAUGUCCAAAAAAGGCACACUCUUUGGAUCGGUAAGAUAUAGCCCAAGCUGCAAGUUUAAGGAGCGCAUUGAGGAGAAUGGCUACAACACGUACGCGUCCCUGCGCUGGAAGCACGGCGGGAGACAGAUGUUUGUGUCACUGAAUGGUCGAGGGAAGCCACGGAGGGGCCAUAAAGCUCGACGGAGACACCCUUCCACUCACUUCCUCCCAAUGCUCCCAACAUAACUGCAAUCUCUAAUUAGCUUUUUUUUAUUAUUAUUAAUGUCAUACACAUAUAUAGCUGUAUAUGUAUGUUUGCAGAGGAUUCUUUCUACAUAAUUUUUUUUUUUUGCAUUGUCACAUAGUAUAUUAACUUAUUCCUCCAUCCCUCUUAGCUUAAAGCCUCAUAAAGCUUUUAUAAGGUGUUUAAUAUUAUACAUAAACAAUUACCUGCCAUAUUUAUGUUCUUGCUGGAGAAACUAAGCAUUUACAACAUCUCUAACCAGCUGUUGUAAAACACAUUAUCAUAUUUACAUGACAGCAAUAGACUAGUAGUUAACAUUUCAGAAACAAAACUUCCCCAAACCCCUUUUUUUCUCAGAUAUAAUGGAAAGGUAUUUGUGUUGUAACAUUUGUGUCUUCAGUUUUGACAAAAACACGUGUUUUUUUUUUCCAAGUUUUUGGUGUUUGCUCAGAUAUGUAUUUUUAUGCCAUGUGUAUAAAUAGGAGUGGAAGUGCUUCUAACAUCUUUGCUACAAUCAAUCUACACUUAGAUUAAACAAAGUUACAUAGAAUCUUAAAGGGUUAUCAGGUUUGUCCCUUUGAGGGAACCCUUAACAGUUAUAUGUAGAACCCUAAUUCUUAGGGUUUUUCUUUCAGCUGAUAAAAGUAUUUGAAUAUUAUUAGUAUUUGAAUAUUUGAAUAUAUUUGUACAUUUGAAUUAUUUUCCUAAAUUUCAUUACAUAAAAUUCCACUUUUUUCUGUGGUUUAUUUAAUGUAUUUACAUUUUGCCAAUGUUUUUCUUUGUUUUGAACUUGUCAGAGAAAGGAUUUACCUUUAAAAACAUAUCAUUCGAAGUUUCAGGUUAUGGUUUUGUGAUUAUAACCAUAAAAACAAAUCAUAGAAAUGCAGAUUUUACAUAAAUUAGGCCAAAAGUGAAGCGUUCUGGAUUCCCAGGGAAUGGUCAAACUCAUCAUUUAGCCAGUCACGCUCACACCAUGACCAGCUACAUCUGAAUUUUUUAUAUUCCACAGAAAUAGCUAAAUUCCUGUUAAGCAGCUCACUUUGCCAGCAAGCUAGCAUUAGCAUAGACUAGGCAGAUCAUUAGCUACAUAGUUAAACUGGGCAUUGAGUUGUUAAGAUCGCUGUAGAAAUGUAACUAUUUUAGUAGAAUAUAAAACUUUUUUAUUUGUUUAAUGACUCAUCUAAUUUUCUCUGGAUGAUUCACCUUUGGCCUAUUUAUAUAAAUUCUGUAUUUUUGAGUUAAGAUUUUGAUUUUUUUUUUAAUCUGAAAAACAUAACCUGUUGUUCUUCAAAUUAUGUUUUUAAAGAAAAAUCUUAAUCAAGUUCAAAACAAAGAAAAAAAAACAUUUAAUAAAUGUCAUAAAAACACCACAGAAUAAGAGAAUUGUAUUUAAUAUUAUGUUUUUAUAUUUCAAAUAUACAAAAUUCAUCUUCACAUACUUUUGUCAGCUUCUGAGCUCCACAUUUCCAAGUAUCGUUUUAGAGUGCUAGUUAACCAUCCGAAAAACACUAGAGGAACCUUUUUUUUUAAAGACUGUAGAGUGAUAUCAGGACUAACCACAACACACACAUAGAUUGUCUAGAUCAGGAGUUUAUAACUUUGUAAUGUCGAGUUUUCUCUUCUGUAACACACUUCAUUCAGCUGAUCUGGCCUGAUAAUGAGAUGAUGAGCUGGAACAGGUGUUUUAGGAGCAGGAAAAACACUAAUCAGUACUGCGUUAUGUUCACUGUUAACUUUUCUCAAAGGACUGUUGCUGGAAUGAUGGAGGUCAGACACAAACAUUGUUCGAACCUCCACAGACAAUGGAUCAUCCCUUAGAAAAAUGGACUGGACUGACAGCUUGUGUACUGGACUAUUUCUCUAAAUGACACUUUGUAUUAUUCAUGUUUAAAUCACACUAACAUUUCCCCCCACACCCUGUUGCAAAUGCAGCAUUUCAUAUAUUUCAACCUUUCACAUUCUUGAGUUUAAUGGUGGUGUUCCUGUCAAUCGUUUGUCUUUCCAAACUGCUGGUCUGGUCCAUGAAUUACUGUCUUCAUGCCGUAAACCACAACGUGCUGAUCUGACAGCUAACGCUGAACAUCAUGUGACUGGCAGAAAGAGGAAAUCUAAAGCCACUGGCCACUGGCUGAAUUCUAGCUGUGCUAAUAAAGUAUUUAUAUGCUGGAGUGCAAACAGAACCCUGCUCACAGCUGUUAUGUUACCUGGCUUCUAUGAAAAGCUUUAGAGUUGUGUUUGUCUAAUGCUAAAAAAAAAUCAGAAACAGAAUUCUUGAUUAAUAGUAAUAAUAAUAAAACCCAACCAAACGAUACCUAUUGCGAAAAAGACAUAUAUUACACUAAUAUUUUCUUUAGUAUUAUUCUGUCCCCUGAUACAUCUCCAUGCUCCAUCAAGUGCACUUAGUAAAUGUCAGGUGAAUAGGAAUGUACAGUUCCAUUCACUGGUAAAGCAUACUGAUCUGAACUGAAAUAGGGCCUUGAAACUAUAUAGGUAUGCUAGACAAACUGUUUAAAUUAGUCAUUUGUAUUGAAUCCACAGGUAAUAAGGAAUAAAACACUUUAGAAUGUGCUGAUAUAGGAAAAUAAAUAAUGACAGGAUGGAGCAAUGCAGCUCACAGUUGAUUAUUUUCCUAUAACUGCACUUUCUAAAAAGUUUUAUUUCUCUUAUACCACAGCAAUUUGCCAAUGAUUAUACUUUGCUCUUAAUUAAAACAUGAUGUGUAGUACUUUUUUUAUAGUUAAAUGUUUAUAGUACAUUUAAUGUUGUGGAACACCCAGUAAACAAGUUAGUUCCUGUUAUCAAUUACAUUAUAACAACUACAAAUUCAUAUAUAGUCAUUUCUUCACCAACCUCUCUUUUUUUAUCUGUCUCUUGAAGCUAAUAAGACAAAAUACAGCUUGUCCUGUUAUAGAAAAAGUGGAAAGGUCCUCUGUCCUGAAGACUUUCCAAUGGUGGAAAACUUUAAAGUUAUUUAAAGUUACAGCUUUACAUCUGACUGUUACAAAGCACUGACACUGGACACUCCUUCCCAAAAAGCUAAAUAAACAUGUCCUCAUAAAAAAAAAACUUGCAACAAUUAUUUCAACAAUUACACACAUUUUACAUGAAGUGUCUGCCAUACAAAUCCCACUGUAAGUUGUUACUAUAGAAAUGAUAACAUAUUAGAAUGAGAGCAUUAAUAGAGAGUUGCUGUUAUAGAAGAUUAAUCAACAUCUUCUGAUCAAACAAAAUUGAGAAUUCAACAUACAGGGCCAUGGUAUAAGCCUGCUUUAGUUAGUUCAGACCAUGUCUUCAGUGAGUACUCAUAUGAGGUGUGAUUGUGUAACUGUAAGAAAGGAUGGAAUUCUUACCCGUUUUCCAUCAACCUGUUUGAGGGUCAAACCAUUAUGUAAUCAGAUGAGGGAGCUUCUUAAGUUGGCUGAAUAUAUCAAAGAAAAAAGAUGUCCCCAUAUCUGUGAUUGGUCCAAAUAUCACAUGGUGGAUUAUGUCACUGCAUGUAGCAGCGGUUGGAGCAGAUUGAGUCCUAG